CGCACAGCGCAUCCCUACGACGCGAUAUUAUUGGUGUGUUUGUAAGUCGGUCGUGUUGGGCGAACUGCGAAAUACCAAUCAACGCAGUCCGCGAAAUACUUGUCACUGCGACACUACGAUUUAUCGCAUAUGAUGCGUUGAUAUGUAUCCUACUCGAGACGAGAAAUGAGUUCGUUAUUUCAAAUAUAAACAACAGAGACUGGCGUUAGAUAGAACGCAAUGAAUGAUCAGCUGCUCGAGGGCAGGCGUUUAUUCCUCGAUUAAGCGACAGACGAUUGUAAAUAAGAUUUUUUGCGUUUUUGAGAGGCACGUUUAGCACUUGACAUUGAUGUCGGGACAACAAAGGAGUACGCGGCGCAAAAACGCUUUGUUCCGGUUAUUUUUACACCGGAAUUGAUAUAUUUUCGCGUGCAACGCUCUUAAAAUAGAGUGUGGCGGCGGCGUGCGAUGUAUUUUCCUUACGCUCGCGAACAGCGGAGAACAUGAGUUUUGAGGUUACCACGUUCCUGGGUGUUUUUGGCUAAUAUUGUUCGGUUAUUGUCGGGACGUUCUGCGACGAAGAGCACGCGACGAUGGAUACCGCGAACGAGAUAAUCGACGAAUUACAACAUUCAUUGGCCAAGCGAAUUUAUUAUUCGGCAAGGGACGGAAUGGCGAUCGCUCUUUAUACAUUGCUCAACGAUAGAUCGAAUGCCGACGUCAAUUAUCUGAUUAACCAGAAAAUUUUAGAAGAUGAUGGACAGAGGUGUACAGCUUUAAUAAUUGCUGCACGUUAUGGACAUGAUAAGGUAGUUAGAAUGCUAUUAGACAAAUUUAAGCCUGACUUAGAACAAGAAGGAACAGUAAAGUUUGACGGAUAUGUUAUUGAAGGAGCUAGUGCACUCUGGGCUGCAGCAGGAGCAGGACAUUUAAAUGUUGUUAAGACCCUUGUGAAAGCAGGAGCAAAUGUGAAUCAUCCGACAAAAACUAAUUCUACUCCACUCCGAGCAGCAUGUUUCGACGGUCGUCUGGAUAUUGUUAAAUAUUUGACUGAUCACCAAGCAGACAUAAAUAUUUCUAAUAAGUUUAAUAAUACCUGCCUCAUGAUUGCAGCAUAUAAAGGACAUCUUGAUGUUGUCAAUUUCCUAUUGGAUAAAGGAGCGGAUCCUAAUCAGAAAGCGCAUUGUGGAGCAACAGCGUUACACUUUGCCGCCGAGUGUGGACACACCACGAUUGUUCACGAAUUGCUGAAGUUCAAUACGAAAAUGACAAAAAAUGUGAGCGGCAUGACGCCUUUAAUAGCGGCUGCUGAACGUACGCGCGCAGAAGUCGUUGAGUGUUUGGUGAAAAGGAAAGAAGUGACAAAAGAAGAGAUAAUAGACGCUUACGAGCUACUCGGAGCAUCUUACGCUAACGAUAAGGAUAGUUAUUGCCUAACUAAGGCGUAUAAGUACCUGUACAAAGCAAUGGAAUUAAGGUAUAACGAUACUAAUAAUAUUGUAUAUAAGCAACUAGGUUCAACUGUGAAAGCAUAUGAUAACUGGAAGGAAUGCGAAACGCUAGAACGAUUAGAAAGUAUUGAAUACAAUCCUAAUGCUAUACACAUGGAGUCGCUUGCUAUUCGGGAGAGAAUAUUAGGCCUUCACAAUCCAGAACUGACACAUCCUAUAGUAUUCAGAGGCGCUAUAUUCGCGGAUAACGCUAGAUUCGACAGAUGCAUAGACUUGUGGCUGCAUGCCUUGAAAUUAAGGCAGCUUAAUAAUAUAACCGUUGUAACGGAUCUCCUUCGAUUCGCGCAAGUCUUCUCACAAAUGAUACACGUAGGUGUCGAUCUAGAUUUUUCUCAAGUGCUAAAUGUACUGGAGGCAAGCAUAACUGAAUUGAGCAAAAAUAAAGCCAAGAUACAAAAUCCAGACAUGAAGGAUGACAUUGACCAGUAUGUUGAAGAGAUGGAGUCGAAUAUUACAACGACUCUAUAUAUCUUAACGGUUUUGACGAAACUCAUGACGCUAAAUGGAAGCAGAUGUGACGAAUCGGAUUUGACUAAAGCACAUCAUUUAGUGCAUAAAUUGUGCGCGCUACGGGUGUGUUUGAAAGACGGACAGACACUAUUACAUCUCGCUGUGAAUGCUGAAACUCCCGUUGACGAUUUUCACACUAACGAUGUUUGCAAGUUUCCAUGUGCGGCUACGGCAAAAUUAUUAAUUCGUUGUGGCGCCGACGUAAACGCGAUGGACAAUGAGAGAAACACGCCGCUACACAUUAUUGUUGGUUACAGUAAAUCAAUCAGCGACUUCUCGACUUUACAUUCAAUUAUAAUGGAGCUUAUAGAAGCUGGAGCGCAUAUGGACACUGUAAAUAACAGAGGACACACACCGUACGAUGCAGUUACCACAGGCGUAGCUGAAAUAAUAUUGAGAUCACAAACUAAAUUGUCUCUAAUGUGUAUGGCAGCUAAAGCUGUGAAGGCUUACAACCUGUCUUAUACCGGUAACGUGCCGCGUUGCCUGGAAAGCUUUAUAGAGUUGCAUGGACCUGGGUUAAAUCAAGGUUGACGAAUACUUGAUAAUUGCCAUGAAGAAUCGAAAUUUCCUGUAAUAUUCUUGUACAAAAUAUGCUAAAAAUACCACAAAUAAUGUAAAAUAUCGAAUGUCGUAUACACACUCAAUCGCAAUUUGUAUGUACGACAUACAUAAGCUUAGAAUUCCGUAGAUGUCACGCAAAAGAUACUGACAUGCGAUUUAUACACAUUGCUUAUUGUUUAUACAGUUGAAUAAUUAUAGGGUUCAAAACAAUUGCCUUUUACGCGCGUUACACAGGUUCUUUCGAGGAAAAAUGGUUCUCUGACAGAAUCAUCAUUUCCAACAAGAAUGAUGUCUAAGUUAAAGUUAAAAUGUCUGUUAAAACAGUUACGUUUUUUCUUUUGUAUUUAACGUUGUCCUUUACAGACGAUAAAUAAUAUCGCUACGUAGUCACUUCGGAUUUAUGUUUUUAUGAAGUUUCAAAUAAUCCGAAUUAGGAAUGAAAAGUGACGAGCGAUAAAUGCGUUAUAAAUUACGAGCGGCCGUUGUGUACUCAAAUUAUUCGCCGUCGAAGUUGGAGCAGUUUUUAAUUUUAACGGUGUAAUUCCUGUGAUAAAUAAAAUCAAACUAUGAGCUUUUCAAACAACGAUUAGUUGAUGUGUACGUGUGUGUAAAUAAAGAAUCUUACGCACACGAUGCGUUACUCGAAAA